AUGCCAUAUGACCGAUGGGAGUCGGAGGUACCAUUAGCGACACCGGAGCAGAGCACCGAUGUCGGCCCGAGGGAGGAGGUGGAGAAGAUGAAGCAGCUGAAGCUGGAUCACGACACCAUCAAGACAUCGGAUGGCAGGAGCCUUGAGGGCGAUGUGCUGCAAUAUCUCAUUGACCCUCUCCCCGUCGAUGAGUUCCUUCAUGAAAUUUGGGAGGAGCGUGCGUACGUUGUGAACAGAGACGACUCAAGCUACUUCGAGGACAUCAUGACGUUUGAAGACUUGGAGGUUGUGAUGAUGAUGAUGACGACGACGAUGCUGACGUUGACGAUGACGAUGAUAGUUUUUUGUUAUGGUGGAGACGGUGUUAUGGAGAACAAGAUGGAUGUAUUGUGUAAUGCGAUGGGCGAUGAAGAAUUCGGGGAGAUUUUGUUCUUCAAGAACCAGCUACAGACCCACUACGAAAACGCAUUCCGGGCGUUUCUGGACGACGCCUCAGUGGUCUUGAAUCACGUCGACAAGCAGUGGCCGGCGAUCAACAUCAUGUGCCAGAAGCUUCAAAGUCGCUUCCCUCACACGUUCUGCAACAUGUACCUUACUCCUGCUGGCAGCCAGGCUGUACAUCCCCACAGUGACGACCGGGACGUGCUCCUGAUUCAGAUCUGGGGAACAAAAGAAUGGCUGGUGUAUGGGUCUCCUCAGACCCUCCCGUUCUCGGACGAGCAGGUUGGAAAGUCGGGGCAGAGGCUUGCGGAGGGGACGAUCGGGCCUGUCUCAUUGUCUGCGACGCUCAAGACUGGGGACACGCUCUACAUCCCCCGAGGAUUUGUACAUGAGGCGAAAGCACAAGAGCAUGGUUCAUUGCACAUCACCAUUGCAAUCCCAACACAAGACUUCACGUGGUCAGGUGUCAUGAUGGAUGCGAUGCGACAGAAGCUGAGGGAGGAGAAGUAUAACAAGUGGAGGAGGUGCGUGCCUUUGACUCUCCUGCCCAACGGAAACAACGACAAGUGGUAA